GUUCGAGUACUGCCAAACACUUCAACUCAGCACAAAUUUCGACUGACAAAGGAUUCGUAUUUUUUUGGUUUUUUCAGGCUAAAACUCAAUAGCAAAAUUCUUUGGAAGCAUCGCAUGUGACCAUGUCAAAUCCGCACUGUAAAACGCCCAGCGGACAGUCGACACAAAAUGACUUAGUGAAUACGCCAGAGCAUUUAUAUCCCGGAUACUGUGGACAACCGCGUAAAUAUGAUCCCCGGGAAUUUGGUUUGACCGGCAACGAGGAAUGGCGUAAUCCGCGCAUGUUUCGCAACAUGACAUAUGAAACUGACGCUGAGGCACUGAAUGCGAUGCGGAUGGCCCAGCCGCGUAGACCCAUGUAUCGUCCAACCGAAACUUCCAUUGUGAACAAUUUGACAGAGGAAUGUUUGGCUGAUGUGUCGGCGCCGCCGUUCGAAUUGAGCAUGCCAUCGCCAAUGUCUGGCUCGUGUGGAGAAUACCUGGCUAAUGUAUCACCGCCACAAUUGUGUACCACGGCUGACUCGAGUGUGAGUGAAAAAGAUAGCAAUAACUGUACGGAUAGCGUACAGCAGAGGGUUGUGCAUGAUUUUAGCCAGCUGAGCGCUUGCAACUAUGAUCUAUUGCCAUCAGGGAAUUGCCGAGAUCCAGAUCAAUAUUCAAUGCCCGAUCAAAAGUUCGACACAUGCAGCACAGAAAAGAAUAAUAAUAUCUUGACUACCACGGUGCGCACAAUUACGACGCAUCGGGAUCAAUCCGGAAAGGUGACAAGUCGCGUUGAGGAGACGAGCACGGUAUCCAAUGAUCAAGGGGCUAAUUUGGAUAACACCCCUGUGUGCUGUCCAGGCCAGGGUCCGGCCGCCGGACGACAUCUUCAAUUCUGCAAUAUGCCAGAUCAGAGCGAGAAUUUAGCAGACAUCUCAAUGCCCCCAUUCUAUGACAAUAACCACCCAGCGAUGAGCACACGUAUGGCUCAGAGGUCGAUGGACCAAAGUGCUUGCCUCGAAAAUAUAAGUGCGCCCUCCUUCGCUGACAGCAACCUGGCUGACGUAUCCAUGCCGAGUGGCAUUUGUGGUGCGAAUGGUGAUUCGAUUCGGCAGCCAACGCAAUAUACCAAUGAAUGCUUGAACAGUGUCUCGAUGCCUAGCUAUAUGGGAUCUUCUGGUGCAUCGCGACGACAAGUUACCCAUGAUCGCUUGGAAGAUAUAACGAUGCCUUCAUUUGGCAACAUGUCCAGAGUAUCGAAUAGGCAAGCAAGCUAUAUGACUGGGGAAUGCCUGAACGACGUCAGUGCUCCGUCGUUUGGGUCAAGUCCUGCUCGCAGUGGAGUGUAUCGCAGCCAACCAAGAUCGAUGCUAGCACAGAGUAAUUUAAACUCAACAGUUCUGGACGACAUCAGCAUGCCGUCCUUCGAGGGGGCAUCGGGUGCUACGGCUAGAUCAAUGCAGCAUCGUUCGAUGAAAUCGCAGAAUAUCUGUGACACAUCGGCUCCAUCGUACGUAUCGUAUGGACAGGGUCCGAGCUCUGGUGAAUGCUUGGAGAACAUAUCAAUGCCAAUGUAUGGCUACAGUGGACGAGCACAAAUGACAAACGAAUGUUUGGAGGAAGUCACCAUGCCAUCGUUUGAAUGUUCCACAAAUAAUCAGUUCAUUGAAGAUAUCAGUGUACCGACAUUUGGUGGAGUAUCGUGUGCGUCCCAAGCGCGAACUCCGACACGUCAACAAUAUUCGAUGCCUGCGCAAUCGACCUGCUGCUCAAUGGAUCAACAAGAGUAUUUAGAUCAAGUAACUAUGCCGUCCUUUGGAAACUCAACACGAGGACCGAUGCCCAGUGAGUGUUUGACAGAUAUCAGCAUGCCUUCGUUUGGCGGAAUAUCCGGUGCAUCGAGAGGUGGAAUACCGUCGCCUCAACAGCGCUCGAUGGCAGCCCAGAAUAUCUGUAAUAUCUCAGGUCCAAUAUAUGAAAGUAGCCGAGUGGGACAGAUGACUAACGAAUGCUUAGAUGAUGUCACCCAGCCCUCCUAUGGAAACAGUGGUAGAGAGGUGUCUUAUAGCCAGUUUAUAGAGGAAAUGAGUAUGCCGUCGUUUGGUGGAGUGUCAGGAGCUUCAAGACCCAGGACUCCGACACGACAGCAGCAAUCGAUGCCUUCUCAAAAUAUCUGUGAUGUAUCAGCACCGUCC